ACGCCUAGUGUGACAGCAGGUAAACAGACCGGUGUUUACAAAGAGUGUACAUGUGGUCGCAAAGCCCGCAUCAGCAGGAAAGUCGUAAAACAGAGCAGGAAUUUUCGAUUAUCUGUUAAUAGUUUUAAAGUCUUCAUCAAAAUGACCGACAAGAUAAAGGUGGGAGAUUUCCUGAUCGUACAGCGUCAGAAGUACACAAAGCUGCAAAAGUUCAACAAUCUAAACACGAUCGUGAACCUGGGAAAGGAUCAAGUAGAGUUGCGGCUUGCGGAAAACCAUUCCUACCAUACCACGUUCCAUUUGGUGCCGAAACAGGAACGGGGCAAGCGAAUCUACACGCUCGAUGCACUCUCGACGCCUUCGGAAAUACGGAACUUGAAAGAACUGCUCAUCAAGGAGAGUGGUAACGACAAUCGGAAUAUCAUCGACGAUCGACAAUCGCAGGCGCUUUCGACGGAGGAAAUUCUCAAGCUGCGCGAAGAAUGCGAAUCUUCGUCGGAAGUGAUCGGCAAGCUGGUAGAGAACUCAAAAAGCUUUGCCACGAAAACGGAAUACUCGCAGGAAAAGUAUUUGAAGCGAAAGGAGAAAAAGUACUUCGAGUACAUCACGAUACGGCGUCCGUCGAUUCGGCUGCUGGCCGACAUUUACUGGCGUUUGGAUCCGGAGAAGGUGCUCGGCGUUCGUUUCGAUACGCUGUCACAAAUCAUUUCGUACAGCGGAGUGUGCAGUGUCGGUAACUAUCUGUUGUACGAAUCUGGCACGAAUGGAUUGUUACCGGCUGCGAUGCUGAACGCUAUAGGAGCGGAAACCGGCGGUAAACUGGUACAUUUGCAUCCUGGCAAUGUGGCACAAAAGCAAGCCCUCCUAGCAAUGGCUUAUCCAGCCGAACAAGAAGCACGAUGCGUGUCGGUGAACAUCUAUUCAGUGCUGCGACAUUUCUACCAAACCAAGGCAGACGCAACCAAUGGGAAGGAAGCAGCAGCCGAGGAGGUGAACGAUGUGGCUGUAGUUACUGCAGACGAGCCCGCCAUUGUCGAGGAGAAAGAGGAGUUCAAUGGAACCAGCAAGCGUAAACUCGAAGAAACAGACGAAGGUGCGCAGGGCACGGAAGCAAAGCAGAUAAAACUGGACAAGCAAAAGCAAUCGUGGGAGCUAGAGAAUGAAACUGCCGCAAGCAUUAUGGAGGAAAAGUUUGAUUCGCUCGUUAUCGUAGCGAAGGAACAUCCGUACAGUAUUCUGAAGGCGUUGCUUCCAUUCGUCAAACCCAGCCGACCGAUCGUGAUCUUCAGCACUUCGAGAGAAAUUCUCACCGAGUGUUACGUGGACAUGAAGACGGAAGCAUCCGUAACGUAUCUACGCGUAACUUCCAAUUGGAUGCGCCAGUAUCAAAUACUGCCAAAUCGUACUCAUCCGGAUGUUACGAUGUCCGGGAGCAGCGGUUACCUUCUUACAGGGUACACUAUCGGGAAUUGAUAGUAAAAGGCGACGGGAGAAAGGAACUAUAAAAGGAAAGGAAAUUUUGUUCACUGGACUGUAUGCAUAAUAAAACAGUAAUUUUGAAUUAUAAUUCUA